CGCCCGAUCCAGCGAGUUGCAGUCAGUCAGCUGCCUCCGGCCGAGCAGUAACACGGAUCGCAUCGAGUCAAAUUUUGCGAAGGUCGCAUCGGAAUGAGCUACAACAGCGUGAUCUGCACGAUCUGCUCGGAGCGGUAUCGCCCCUCGGAGAACAUCUUCGCCGGCUUCUGUGGGCACGUGUUCCACGAGGAGUGCCUGGACCGCUGGCGGGAGCAAUCCCCAACUUGCCCCAUUUGCCGCGGAGAAGAUCUCAGAUACUUCCAGCUCUAUCUGGAUUUUGAGGUGGCGGCGCCUGAAGGCGAUGCGCCACAGAAUGGGGGAGGCAGCGGGAGCGGCGGCGGGCGGAACCGGAGCCAAGGUCAGAGCGACAGCAGCGGCAGAAGCAGCAGCAAAAGCAGCCCCGUCAGCGGCACCAGCGAUUAUGCGGGCAUCAUGAGGGAGUACGAGAAUCUGCUCUACGAGACGGGGGUGUACCAGGACGAGAUCGAGUAUCUGAACGAGCGGAUCGGAGCACUCACGCUCCGCAACUCGCAGCUCAGCGGGUUGCCGGCAGAGUUGGAUUCGGAUGCCGAUUAAAAGCGGCACAGCCGCUGCCCACAAACAAACAAGAGAUACGCCGUAAACAUGCUUAUCGCUCUUUUUUGCAGGGGAGCCAGGCGGCAGCCUCAAACUAUUGGCUCUGACUCAGUCAGAUAAGCUUGCCUCAGAAGGCUGAUGUAAGCAAAGGAGGCGAAAGAACAAUGCAGCCAAAACUUAUGCGAUAGAUUAAAAGCGAGAUACAGGGAGCAAAUACUUGAUAUAUUAUGUAGUAAGCCCAUAAAAUAUUAGAUAAGACUAGUUUCCAAGGUUGCAUUUAUGGUAACCGCGGCUAGCAAGCCAAGUGAAAAGGUACUCCGAAGAAUAACAAAUCGUUCUAACACCUUGAAACAACAACUUGUAGUUUUUAAAACCGAAACCGAAAAAAAUAGGGGUAUUUGGUUAUGGUUUUGCAUAUUUUGAAAUAAUGGAGUUCCCCGGAAAAAAACGAAAAUGAAAUUUGCCAUUCGCACAGAAUUCGCCGCACAGCUCAGGCCGCUAGCCGAGCGUACAACCCACAAGGGGCCAAACUCACCACACGUAGCGAGUACACCUUACUGCGCUAGCGGCGACACCCACCCGUACUCUGUUUUUAUGCUCACCACGGCCAAGCCGUUUCCC